AUGUCCUCAACAGAUAGUGAUAAUGAUAGUGAUAGUGAUGAAUUCUCGAUACUUGACAUAAUUGGAAGCCAGAAGAAUACAAAUACCAAAAAUUACAGAUCAAAAGCACGAGCCGAUGAAUCCAAAGACCUUCCAACAACAACAUCCAAUAAGAGUCAUCAUGGUAGUAAUAUAAUUUCCCAUGAACCAAGAGAUGAAUUUGAUAUAGAAUUACCAACUAUUUUUCUUACUGAUGCUAAAAAGAACGAAGAAUUGGCUAAAAAGAAUGCUAGGAUACGGGCUGAUUUGGCUGAAGAUGAGCGUAAUAUGCAACAGGAAUAUAAACGAUUGCAACGAAGGAAGCAACAAAUCAUUGAUGAACUAAACGAUAAUGGGGUAAUUGGUCAAAACUUUAUUUUGACUAAUGACAGAGAUAACCAGUUUGUUGAAAGAUUGCUUCAAAGCGAUUUGAAAGGUUCCAAAACCGAUAACCUUACUCAACGGCAUUUCUACUUAUAUUCAAAUCCUUCAGUUGAAAAUAACUUGGAUACUGGAGUGCCUUUUCCCAUAAAUAUUAGCACCCUUUACAUUGAGCUUCGACCAGAAAACUACGAAAACUUAUACCUGAAUGUAAGUCCAUUUUUUACCCAAUUCUUCAACUAUAUAAUCGUGAACGUUCAUGACUUAAAUUGCUUGAUUCUAUUCAGCAGAUUUCUCGAAUUUCUUUACAAAUCAGACUUUAUAAGUCUGGAUAGCAUAACGGAAAAAGAAUUUGUGACUUAUGUUAAAUCCAUUGGAGGUGAAACGAAGUAUAUCAAGCCCGACUCACAUACCCAAAUGCCUCUUAGACUACUCCAUUAUAAUUCUCAAUACAGACUCACUAUUGUGAGGCUAUCAAUAGUAUUUUGUUAUGUUCUUUUUGUUACAAAAAAUGACUGUACUGUGGCAGAAGACACCCUAUACAAAACAAUGUUAAAAACAUUUUUACUAUCGCUAUGCGAUUUUAAUUUUAAUGAAGGUAAUGUAAACGAGUUAAUUACCAACUUCAUAACUCCAGUUUUUAUGAAUUUUGUUAAUUGGAGAAGAGAUAAGCUAAUGAAUGGCCAGCAACAAGUCAAACCCACCUCCGAAGAAGAAGUAUAUGUAAUGCACGAUAUUUUAUUAUCAGAAUUUAAUGAAGCUAUGAAUCAUGAAUUGCGUACUUGCCUCUAUGAAGAACGGGACAAUAUUGAAACAGAGCAACAAAAAUUUAGGAAAAUCGACUAUGAGUUGCAUCACAACAUUUUAAGGUUACUAAAUUUAUCCAUCAGGUUCCAAGCGGAACCCUUUUCCAUGAGAAUUAUUAUAAGCUUAUGUUUAACAUUUAUGGACGAUUCGGACUAUACUCUUUGCAGCUUAUACAAGCGAAAUCCUACAUUAGAAGAAUUAAAUAUGAAGACUUGCAAUUUCACACCUUCAUCCAAAUUCAUUAUAUCGAUCAUAAAUAAGUUGAACGCUUUAAACAUAACCGAAUGCCUUGAUUCCAAUGAUAUUGAGCAAAUCAACUUUAUAUACAGAAAUUAUUACAAGCUGUUGUUAUUCAACUAUGUUGUAUUUGAGACCUUCCAUUCAAAUCUGAAUACUAUACAAAACAGACAAAAUUUCGAACGAAUAAAGCAGUCUAAUUAUUUGAAUCUCAAACAAUUGGCCGAUAGCAUUAAUAAAUUAAAAGACAGUGUUCAUAGGCAAUUAGGUGAAUUAUCCAAUAUUUCACUGAUAGGUGAAUCGUCACCGUAUAAAGAUGAUGUCAUACAUAUAAUCACUGAGUAUUAUCAUUUGUUGCACUAUCUCGCUACUAAAUGUGACAAAGAAAUGAUGCUAAUUCACAAUGAUACAUUCUACGACGACAAGAUUCUCCAAUAG